UAUAAAACCUUUUGCAAACGAAGAUCGCAAUAGUAUCAGUGAUUACCAUCAUGAACGCCGGUGUACUCAGUUUGUUAUUUGCGGUAACAGUUUGCGCCCUUGGGGCAAAGGUUCCAUAUGCAACUCCUGGUUUUCCUGAAGACGUUCGAAAGGAUACAGCGAAACCUGAGGAUAGAAUAAUAAACGGUAACGUUGCCUCUAAAGGGCAAUUCCCAUGGCAAGCGAUCGUUUACUUUUAUUUAACUGACGGGCGACACAUCUGUGGUGGUUCCCUAAUAAGUAGUCGAUAUGUCCUAACAGCAGCUCACUGCGCUCGAAAGUGAGUAAUAAAAACAUUUUAAAU